CUUCUAUAUAAACAUUGGUGAAGAUGCAAAUUUCAUCUGAACAGAUGGGCUAUGGUUCAUUGAAAAGAUUAUGCCUUGGACAGAUAAACAGAUACUGUAAUUCUUAUACUCGUGCCCGGUAGCCGGAGUGACUUGGCUCCGAUUUGCUGGUCAUGGAACGGCAGACGGCAUCUUUGACCGGCAACCCGGACCAAUACUCCAUCUGGCCGUGACUUGAUAGUCCGUUGUACUUGACCGACUUCGAUGACCCAAGUGGAACCAACUGAAUCAGGCCCUUUAAGCUCUGCCGAAUUCCAGGAAGACUCCUCUAAAUUUGGAGAACAGCCUGUUACACGUCCGGUGUUGGUUCAAAAAAUUCCCUACGUGUCUCUUCCUCGCCUUUCUGAAGAAGAAAAGUCUUUGUACGCAAGUCUUAUCCCAGAACUCGAUGAGACAAUACCGGUGGACGAGGUUGUUGGGGAAGUCGAUGAUGACAUCAAGGGGCCUCUGUAUUAUGCACGCUUUGAUCAAGGGAUCAUAAUGGGGUUCCCUAAGCAGCCAUUUGCUCGAAGAUAUCCGGAUAUAGUUGCCGACUAUGAGCACAAAAAGGAAGAGGGUACGCUCAAAUCGUUCGAUCCCACAGGCCUUGGAGUACAUCCAAAAUGGCGUGUAAAAUUCAAGCUCACUAUUGACAAACGAAGACGACGGGCUUCCGUCAGCGCGUCGUCUGCUCACGGAAGUCAGUAUAGUGAUGAGUCGGAGGUGCCAGAAUCUGAGGAGGUUGUCAGUGAUGAUACUCACAUUCGAGAGGAACCGGCUACCCGAAGAAGCACACGCCAUAAGUCACAAACAUCCGAACUUCCUUUCAGUCCGAAAAAGACUCGCAGUCGGAUUGUGUAUCCAGUUCCAAACUCGGAUGAAGAAUCGGACACUUCACUGCCCCGACGUCGUUCUAGGCGAGCCAAACCAACCAAGAUUUCACUGGAGGAUGCUUAUCAAUCCGACGAGAGUGAGAGCGAUAGCGAAGACUUCAUCAACCGUAAAUCGCGGGCUAGGCAACUGAGAGGUACAGGCCGCGGCGCGGGAAGGGUAUACAAAGGAACGACGCCGUCUUUUGGCCUUUUUCGCUCUAUAAUCGAGUUCGACGAGGAUCCCGACCCAGGAACAAGAGAGUUGAGAGCGCACUGGCAUAUGUGUGGAAAGUGUCAUGAUUAUCCUGGCCAUAUUUUAUUGGAAAAAGAAAAGAAGCGAGCUCAAAGGUCAAAACGGCGAACAAGGGCUUCUGAUGAUGAAAUAGAAGAGGACGAGGUUCAACGUUUGAAAUCGUUGGGGGGAUGGGUUCGAUGUCUGAAAUGCCCUAUGUCUGUGCAUUGGUCUUGCCUUUCACGUGUUGACCAAGAAGAAAUACUUAAAUCAGCUCGAGAGCGCGAUCGCCUUGAUUGGCUGAAAGAACACGAAGGAGAAGAAUCGAACAUAGAAAAAGAUGGGCCACGAAAGCGACCUGGUUUGGAUUCAAAUCAGAUAACCGAAUACAUAUGCAACUACUGUGUAAAGGGCGGUUUGUGCAUGGGCUGUUUAGAGACAAUACCUGCUCAAUCAAGAGAACAGUUGAAAGAUGCGGACGGUGAUACAGAUAUGAAUGUUGCGUCUCCUUCUACCCCUGAUAAUGGUCAACUUCUUUUCCGAUGCUUCACAUGCAAACGUCUAGCGCAUUACCAACAUAUAGAGGACGACAUCACACCUGACGACAAUUUGGCAGAAAUCGCGUCGUAUUAUCAAUCGAACUGGUCCUGUCGAGAUUGUAGGUCUUACCGUUGGGGUCUUGACAAGAUUCUGGCUUGGCGGUCGUAUCCUGCAAGCGCCAUCCAACCGACUCAGCCAUUCAAUAUCAAAGAGCCUUUGCCCAGGGAAUAUCUUGUGAAGUGGCAGGAAAGAGGCUAUCGACGAACACAGUGGGUUCCUCAUAUGUGGCUAGUAUCGACACAUUUCUCGAAACUGAAGAACUUCAUAACGAACGGUACAAAGAUCGAGCUUCUGGAAUCAACAACGGACAAACCUUCAGAAGAGGAACCAGCCAGUCUUUUUGAUAUACCGGACGAGUCUCCAAUCACGCAAUCCAAAAUCGAAAAUGAUCCCUCGUCGUUAUUGUCUCCACUUGUCGAUGCCGAAAACAGGAUACCUCCGGGAUGGAAAACUGUUGAUCGGGUCUUGGAUGUGCAACUUCGAUUUGUUCCUCGUGCGAACACUAAAACCAAGAAGAAACCCAGAGGCGAGCAUCGAAAGUCGUUGGUAGUUAAUUCAGAUGAGGAGGAAUCGGAGAUGGAAGAAGCAAAAGAAGCCUUCGAAGCGGCAUUCGAAAGGGGCGAGGAGCCAAAAGGUUUCGUUGAAUCUGUCGAUAAAUUUGAAGCCCGCACUGGUACAAGGUUCGAUCCCCAAGAUCAAGAACAUGUUGAUUUGGUGAUAUGGGCAUUCUUCAAAUGGGUUGAUUUGGGUUAUGAAGAGGCGACCUGGGAUGCACCUCCAAAAGCCACAGAUCCGUUGUACCCGGCGUUCCAGCAGGCACUACACCGUUUUUUCGAAGCUAGGGAAGUGCAAGUCGAGAAAUAUUCCAAAGAGAAGUUAAGUGCUUUUCUCGAUCGACAGCAGGACCUCUUUCGAAAGACAUUGGCCAUUAAAACCGCCGAUCAACUGGAUUUGGGACAGAACCCUGAAUUGCGGCUGAUGCCAUUCCAGGUUGAAGGAUUCAACUGGUUAUGUGACAAUUGGUGGAACAAACAAACUUGUAUCUUGGCCGAUGAAAUGGGUCUUGGAAAGACAGUUCAGAUUGCUUCGUUCAUUGGCCACAUCGUAAAGAAGUUCAACGCCAUGCCUGCUUUGAUUGUGGUUCCAAAUUCAACGAUCACUAAUUGGGUCAGGGAGUUUGAACGAUGGGCUCCCAAUUUGCGUGUUGUCCCUUUCUAUGGGGAAUCGAAGGCCCGCGAUGUUGUGAAAAAGUUUGAGUUAUUCCAUUCCAAGGUCGCCAAAGGCAUGACAGGAGCCAAGUUUCACGUACUAGUGACUACUUAUGAAGCGGUCAUCAAUCCCAAAGAUUUUGGUACUGUUUUCAAAAAUCAGCCACGUUGGGAGGUGUUGGUCGUUGAUGAGGGGCAACGUUUGAAAAGCGACAGCAGUCUUCUAUUUAAGAAGCUGAAUGAGUUGAACACUGGACAUCGUAUCAUUAUGACCGGGACUCCUCUCAAUAACAAUAUGCGUGAACUCUUCAAUCUCAUGAAUUUCUUGGACCCCAUCGAGUGGAACGAUCUCGAUGCCCUUGAAAGAGAAUAUGACGAUCUCAAUGAGGACCUAAUCAAAAAUCUGCAUAACCGGCUGAGACGCUAUUUUCUUCGUCGCAUCAAAAGUGAAGUCCUUGAUUUACCUCCAAAGAAUGAAGUCAUAGUUCCGGUAUCAAUGUCCUCUCUUCAGAAAGAAGUCUAUCGUUCAAUUCUAAGUCACAAUCUCGAGCUACUGCAAGGCUUAAUGCAACCAACUGGCCCAAAUCCUCAUUCUCGCAAAGCAACCCUUAAAAAUAUGUUGAUGCAGCUGCGCAAGUGUCUCCAGCACCCGUAUUUGAAUGAUGAAGACAUCGAACCUCGCGGAUUGACGCCCAAGGAAACGCAUGAGAAAUUGAUUGACGCCAGCGCUAAGUUACGCCUACUUAAAGAUCUUCUUCCGAAACUGAAAGUACGGGGACAUCGAGUGCUCAUCUUCAGUCAGUUUGUUAUUGCGCUCAAUAUCAUUGAAGACUUUUUGGUUGGUGAAGGACAUAAGUUCCUUCGUCUGGACGGAAAUACAAAAGGGACGGACAGGCAAAAAGGAAUGGAUGAAUUUAAUCGGCCAAAUUCCGACAUUUUCAUCUAUCUACUGACCACUCGUGCUGGAGGUGUUGGCAUUAAUUUGUUUACUGCAGACACCGUAAUUAUCUUCGAUCCUGACUUUAAUCCGCAUCAAGAUCUUCAGGCAAUAGCGCGUGCACAUCGAUUCGGGCAGAAGAAAACUUGUCUAGUUUUCAAGCUGAUGGUCAAGGAGUCUGCGGAAGAGCGUAUCAUGCAGAUCGGCAAGAAGAAGCUCGUACUAGAUCAUCUCAUUGUGCAAAAGAUGGACGACGACGAAUCCGCGGGGGAAAACGUUCAAUCUAUCCUUACAUAUGGGGCUCAACAAUUAUUCAAUGAAUCGAGUGGAAACUCCCGGGACAUUGUCUACUCAGAAGCGGAUAUUGAUAACCUCAUCACCAAAACCGAGAAAGAAGGAGACCAAGAGAAUGCUCCAAAGGAGGGUGCUGCAUUCUCUUUUGCAAAGAUUUGGACCGCGAACAAAGACGAAUUAGAAGAAAUCGCCGAUGAAGAUCAGUUUGAAGUCGACUCUUGGGCUCAAACUCUUCAAAGGAUCAAUGACGAGCGAGCCAAAAAGCAAGCACAGGAAGACGAAGAACAUGGAAAACGAGGUCGGCGUAAUACUCGUCGUAAAGCUGCAACUACCGCCAGUUACGCUUUGGAUAUCGACAUUCCGGAAAAGAAUCGUAGUCGAACCGGCUCAGACGCUGACUCGAUGUAUGGCUCUGACCGCAUUUCCCAUGUUAGUGAUUCCUCCGACGAUGAGCCAGAUGCAAUAGUGGAAGAAACAUUCCAAGCGUCAGCGAUGAACAGCAAGAAGGGGAAAUCUAAAGGAACGCUUUUGAACACAUCACCGUCAGCGAACGAACCUAACGCGUGUGGUUUGUGUGGCCAACUUCAUGGUCCUGGAAACUGUCCAAUGACAGAGUCAUCCGAAAACCUAGUUGAAUACCGCGAGAUGCUGAUAAUGCAUGUUGAAGAUGAGUCGUAUGAAGAAAGGUGCGCUGCUGUGAACUCAAUCGACGAAGUCCUCCGUAGACGAGGACAUGCAAUGAUGAUCUACGGCCAACCGCUUUAUCCGGUCAGGUCUCCUCGUUCAGGAUUGGCGACAAAGCAAGCCCAAGGCCUUGUUGCACCUAGACGCCAAGAACCGGCUGUAGCAAAAUCGGUCCCCUUACCUCACCGUCAAGCGCAAACUCACAAUAAUGCAAGCGCGAGUGCAGUCAAUGGCGCUGGACCUUCGAAUGGCAUACAAAUCAUGCCUCAACAGCUCCAGGUUCCUUCGCAAGUUGCUAGUACUACUACAGUUCAUCACAGUGACAUCGGAAUCUCUUCCGGAACCCCGAAACGUUCACUGUCUCCAUCCCAUUCUGAGCCUGAAUCUAAGAGAUUGAAACAGCAGGAUACUCCGCCAGAUGCAUGUGCUGUUUGUCAAGAAAGACCUGUUCAUAGACUGAGUGACUGUUCAGUUGUUAAGGGCGACCUCUCAAAUCUCUUUAAGGUAGUCAAUCGCUUGAGCACAGAUCCUGUAACGGCUUCUCUGGCUGAAUUGCUACGCAAAUAUGCUAUAAGACGACAAAAUGCAGGAAACAAAUAGAUAGGCCCAGGGGUUGCUGUUACAAUAUAUAACCAAUCAUGUGCAUGAACUGCCAACGUUGAAUAAUCUUUGGGGUUCAACAGUACUAGUAGUUCAUUAUGACUGAAGAGUGUGCAAACAAAUAUACAUAGACCAAACAACUUGUUCUCUCUCCAUGUCCACCUCAACAAUAAUGAGUUCAACUGCUCUGAAGCGCACCUG